GUAUUGUACAGCUAUCCAAGUGGAACUGCAAUUCCGCACACAGUUUGCAACUUCCACAUUCGAUCCUUGCUUUACUUACGAAGCGCCUUGUAUGGCUGCGUCUAGAAAGAAUGACCCUUUCAAUUUUGACGAUAUCUAUAAGCAAGCUGGCGUGGAGGACCUUUUCGUCAAGAAGACGCUCGGGGAGCUGAAGCAGAAGCAGUCUCCAGGUCCCGGUCCUGCCGCUGGAGUUGCAUCAACUGCCCGCGCUCCUGCUACUGCGUCCUCCUCGCACACCGCCGCGCCAGCAGCAGCAUCAUUUGACCUUGACUUCUUAAGCUCCAUCGCAACUCCGGGAGGGGGCGGAACGCCGACGAACCUCUCCAAGCCUAGCAGCUCUGCCAACUUGCAGCAGCACGCGCAUGCGGCGCCAGCCCCGAAGCCUUCGCAGCACGCUGCGUCGGCACUGGAUGACCCCUUCGCGCUGUUCAACGAGGUUCCGGGCGCGGCCCCGGCGCAGCGCCACGCCCCGCCGGCCCCGCCCUCAGCGACGGCCUCCAGCGGCUUUGGAAAUCUACUUGACUUCGACGAUGGCCACACUUUUGCGCCAGCGCCGGCUGCUGCGCCAGCGCCUGCCGCUGUGACACAUGCCCGGGCCCCAGAGCCGGCACCGGCACCGGCCCCGCAACCAGCUACACCAGCACCGGCGUCUCCAGCACCGGCGCCGACACCGAUGGUAGCGCCGCGGUCGCCUCCGCCGCCUGCCUACGACGACCACACGGCGUACAGCCCCGUCCACGGAACCUCCACCGCAGCAGCAGCACCCGCCUUGGGUGGUGAAGACGGCAGUUACGGCCGCGGCCACCCUGGUUGCAGCCAGAGCUACUCGCAAGCGCCGCAGCAUUACCAGGGGCCUCCGCCGGAGGCCCGCUUCCACAGCACCACCGCGGCGCCAGGCGCCGGCCCCGCGCCGCCCAGCUUCAGCCACCAGCACUCGGCGCAGUCGCAGUUUGAGGACGUGCACUCGCAGGCCUCGGCCUCCUCCAUGUCCGCGCCCUACGCCUGGAGCCACGCCUCACAUGGCUCCGCCAGCGCCGGCGCGGGCGGCAUCUCGGGGUACCUCAAGGCGUUCACCAAGAAGGCAGUGCGGGUGGCGAAGGCGGGUCUGGCGCAGCUGGAACACGCGCUGGAGGGAUUGGACCAGGGGGCAGCGGGAGGCGCAGGUGGAGGCAGCGCCUACUCGACGUCAUCGGACCGCGGCGCCGAGGGCGGCCAGAUUAGUAAUGACGAGGCGCUGGCCUGGGCGGUGCGGCUGGCGGACAUGGCGCCGCACGCGCAGCAGCAGGAGCUGGCGCAGAUGCCGCCGCCGCUCCGGCGGCGGGUGAUCGAGGUGCUGCGUGAGCAGAUACGCAGUGAGCACGUGGCGGCGCGGAGUGGCAGCCAAGUCAGCGCAACCAGCUCGCAUGAAGCGCACGACAUGUACAUGCCGCCGGGGGCAGGCCACAGCCACGGCCACGGUGAACCCAUGGGACCGCCGCCGCCCUACCGCGGAUCCAGCGACGGUAGCUACCAAGCACCGCACAUCGGCGCGCCGGCGGCGGUUGCGCCGGCGCCUCGUGCUGAGGCAGUUGCGCCUGCGGCUCCGCCGCCCGCCCCAGUGGCGCCGCCGCCGCAGCCUGCUCCGGUGCAUCACGAGAGCCACGACUUGUUGGGGAUGGGCAGCGGCGGUCUCUCACCCAUGGGCUCCGCGGCAGCAGCGUACCCCGCUGUCCCAGCAGCCAGCGCGCCAUCGGCGGCGCGGCCGUCCGCACCCACACCUGCACCAGCACCUGCACCUGCACCAGCACCCUCGCCCGUAGUUGAUGACCUGCUCGGCUUUGGUGACGGCCCCAGCACCAGCGCUGCCCCGCGGCCGACCGCCCCCGUGGCGGCCGCGGCGGCCCCCGCGGCUCAGCCGGCCACUCCUCCGCCUCCGCCUCAGCCGCCUGCCCAUGUGCCGGCGGCGGCUGUGCACACGGAUGACAUGGACGAUUUCUUCUCGGGCGGCCGCGCCGCUGGCAGCAGCAGCGGCGCGGCAGCGCCGUCCUCCGCGGGGCCUGCGGCGGCGGCGGCCACAGCCACCGCCCGGGCGGGGUCGAUGCACGGUAGCGCCUCGGCGCCGCAUCUGGCAGCCGGCCGUGGCGGCGGCGUGGGCGCCAGCAGCAGCGCAGCGGCGCUGUUCGACAUGCUGCACGACGAGGACGCGGGCGGCGUGGAUGUGGGCAACGUGGACGUGUCGGGCUAUGCGGACCUUUACAAGGGCGAGCAGGGGCACGAGAACGAGCCGGAGAUCCGGAAACGGCUGCGCGCGCAGCGUGAGAAGGCCAAGCACGACCAGAUGAAGGCGGCGCUCAAGGCCAAGCAGGAGAUGGAGGCGGAGGAGGCGGCACGGCGGGAGCAGCAGGUGGAGCUCAAGGAGCAGUACAAGACCAACAUUGAGGCCUGGAAGAACAAGAACAAGGGCAACAUUCGCGGCCUGCUGAGCUCGCUGCAGACUGUGCUGUGGCCCGACAGCGGCUGGGCGCCGGUGAGCGUGGGUGACAUGCUGGAGCCGGUGCAGGUGAAGAAGGUGUGGAUGCGCGCCAACCUGCUGGUGCACCCGGACAAGGUGCGGCAGCGCAAUGGCACGGCGGAGCAGGUGGCCAUCGCGGACAUGGUGUUUGACGUGCUCAAGGACACGUACAACACCUUUAGGUAGAUACAGUGAAGGUAGAGGCAUGGGUAGAGGUAGAGGCAGGGGGAGCAGGCCGGCCUGGUGAUGCCGGGGCGGAAACGAUUUGAGGCUCAAGGGCAGGGACGCUAGGACGGCGGGUGCAGCGAGCGAAGGGCUCAGAGGGUGACGGCAGCGGCAGCGGCUGGUCGUAACUGUCACAAAGGGGACAUGUGACCGGGUAGGGCCCGGCGAGCACUGAGCGGCGAUCGCGUAAAGGGGUGGAUUUGAUGAGUGCUUGGCAUUAUUGGGAGUGGAGCUGGCGGCUGUAGCGGGAGGGCCAGGGCAGGUGAAGGGCGAUGUGUGGUGUGAGGUGUCAGCGACAUUCGUGGAGGCUGGGCGUGGGUAUGGGCGCACUGGCGUGCUGGACUGAAGUGUGCAGCAUUAGCGGGCACUUGCGGUGACUGGCACGGGUGACUGGUGUCUGGGCGGAUU